AUGAAGCAAGAGGAUGGGGAAGCAGACACCAGCAGCAGCAGCAGCAGCAGCAACAGCAGCAGCAGCAGCAGCAGCAGUAGCAGCAGCAGCAGCAUCGACGCUGCUGCAACAGCAGCUGCUGCAGGAGACAUGAACAUUGCUGCUGCUAGCAAAGAUGACAGCAGCAACAGCAGCAGCAGCAGCAGCAGCAGCAGCAGCAGCUUAGCUCAAGAGGAGGAGUCGAUUGAAGGCGCAGCAGCAGCUGCUGCAGCAGAUGACUCCCCAGCAGCAGCAGCAGCAGAAGCAGCAGCAGCAGCAGCAGCAGCAGCAGAUGGCUCCAGAGGAAGAAGAAGAGGCAGCUUAAGGGGUGCGCAAGGUUACCUUGGCCCUGAUUCCCCAGCAGCAGCAGCAGCAGCAGCAGAAGCAGCAGCAGCAGCAGCAGCACGAGCUGUAUCAGCAGCAGAGAGUGCAGCAGUAGCAGCCUGGGGCGGACCAUCAACCACCACCACCACCACCAACAGCAACAGCAGCAUCGGCAGCAGCAACAGCAGCAACAGCAGCAGCAGCAGCAGCAGCAGCAGCAGCAGCAGCAGCAGCAAGACCCCACCUGAUAUACGCUCUCUCCUUUUUCCUUCUUCUGAUGGAUCCUUUGGGGGGGCCCCCUGGGGGCCCCCGGGGGCCCCUUUAUAG